UUAUCGAAGAUUUUUGAUGAAUUUAGAGGUGGAAAAAUUAACCUAGAUAAAACUGUGAAACUACUUGGAAAAUUAGAUAUCCAGUGUGAUAGUACUCAUAUAAAACACAUCUUUAAGAAAAAUGACUUGCGUAAGGAAGGAAAAAUCACCAUAGAAGAAUUUAGAGCAAUUUAUCGAGAUUUUGCAUACAGAGAAGAAAUUAUGGAGAUUUUCAACACAUAUUCUCCAAACCGGAGGAUUCUUUUUGAAAGAGAUCUGAUUGAAUUUCUAACACAAGAGCAGUGUGUAGAUAAGAUGGUUAGAAUUAUUGCUUCUGAGAUCAUUGAAAAAUAUGAACCUAUUGAAGAAGUUAAGAAACAUCACCAGAUGUCAGUUGAAGGUUUUACAAGAUACAUGGAUUCAUCCGAAUGUUUAGUGUUUAAAAAUGAGUGUAAACAUGUUUAUCAGGACAUGAAUCAUCCUUUAUGUGAUUAUUUUAUUUCAAGUUCACAUAAUACAUACUUGAUAUCUGAUCAGCUAGUGGGAAGAAGUGACCUUUGGGGAUAUAUAAGUGCCCUUGUGAAAGGAUGCCGUUGUCUGGAAAUUGACUGUUGGGAUGGAGCACAAAAUGAGCCUAUUGUCUACCAUGGUUACACACUGACCAGCAAGAUUUUGUUUAAGACUGUCAUCCAAGUGAUACACAAAUAUGCAUUUGUUAGUUCUGAGUACCCAGUGGUGCUCUCUUUAGAAAAUCACUGCUCUCCUUCCCAGCAAGAAGUGAUGGCACAUAACAUGCAGAAAAUUUUGGGAGAUGCACUGCUCUCUGAUAUCCUUGAAAAUUAUUCAGACAUGCUACCAUCACCAGAGGCAUUAAAAUUCAAAAUAUUGGUUAAAAACAAGAAAAUAGACAUGUUAAAAGAUACCCAUGAAAAGAAACAUUCUACUAAGUAUGACCAAGUAGAGGAAUCUGAAGAUGAGUCAGAGGUAGAAGAUGAGGAUGACGGAACAUCCCAGACUAGUUUAGUAAAAGACAACUCAGAGGAACAAGAGGAAAAAUACAAAACAGGAUCAAAGGACGUACUCAUUCCCAAAAAGAAGAAAAGAAAGCUGAAAUUAUCUCUGGCCCUAUCAGACCUUGUCAUUUAUACUAAAGCUAUGAAGUUCAAAAGCUUUGAAUAUUCAAGAUUGCACCAACGAUUUAAUGAAUCUACCUCUAUUGGAGAGAAAAAAGCCCGGAAAUUUUUAAAGCUGAGAGCAAAAGAAUUUAUUAUACAUACUCAGAGAUUCAUUACCAGAAUAUAUCCCAAAGCAACAAGAACAACCUCUUCUAAUUUUAAUCCUCAAGACUUCUGGAACGUAGGUUGUCAAAUGGUGGCCUUAAAUUUCCAGACUCCUGGUCUGCCUAUGGAUCUACAAAUUGGAAAAUUUUUGGACAAUGGUGGUUCUGGAUAUGUUCUGAAACCACAUUUCUUAAGAGACAUAAACUUAAAGUUUGAUCCAAGUGAAUCAUUCCGAGUCACUAAACCAAUUACACUUACAAUAAGGCUCAUCAGUGGUAUCCAGCUUCCUCUUAAUGAUAACUCACCUGACAAAGCUGACACACUAGUGAUGAUAGAAAUUUUUGGUAUUCCAGAUGAUCAAAGAAAACAACAGACUCGUAUAAUUAGGAAAAAUGCUUUCAGUCCCAAAUGGAAUGAAACCUUCACAUUUGUUAUUAAAGUACCAGAACUAGCAUUGAUACGUUUUGUUGUAAAUCAAGUGUCAUUCAUGGGAAAUGACGUUCUUGGGCAAUAUACUUUGCCAGUUUUAUGCUUGAACAGAGGUUACCGUCGUGUUCCUCUGUUUUCCAAAUUGGGUGAGAAUCUUGAGCCUGCCUCACUGUUUGUUUAUAUUUGGUAUGUCACAUAG